AUGAGAAGCAUACUCUCCACCUCUGUUACUUUCUGGGUGCUUUGCGCCUCUGUAACAUCCGCCAACCCAACCCCGAAUUCGUGGCAGUUUGAGGCGUCGAUCAAGAAAGCAAAUCUAUUACAUGAUCUCGCCAAAUUCAAUCAUAUAGCGGCUCAACACGGUCGCAAUCGUGCUCCUAAUUCCCCCGGUUUUGAUGCUUCUGUCAAUUGGGUUAGGUUCCGAGUGCAAAGCUACGCGAAGUUCAGCUACUUAGCUGAGAACUAUCAGACUAAGGCAGAUCUAGUUGAUUUCAAGCGCUUGAAGAUAAAUCAUAGAACUGUUGCACCUAUCGAGGUCGGGGUGUUGCUAGGCGGCGAGGAAAAUGCGCCGCAGACAGUUCAGGGACAUGUCGUGAGGCUCGAAAGAGGCGGCCCGGACUUCUGCAAUAACCCUAACUGGAUUUCAAAUGUCGAUGUUGAAGGAAAGGUUCUACUUUAUCGACUUGCAGACUGUCACUCUGGAGCCAUUGGUGGAACUUUCACGCAGGUUCCCUUCACUGGAACUCCAGCUGCUCUAUUGUUCUACAGGGACAAUUGGAGACCUGAUAAUGUUGUUAAGAGGGAUCUAGAUCUACCUAGUCUCGCGGAGUUAUCUAAACUCGUCAAAAGACAAAGCGGUGAAAGUGCGCUUUGGGCAAUCAUUAGCAAAAACGAAGCUCAAAAGAUACACAAGGAUCUCAACAAGAAUAGGCCAGUCACAGCAAACCUCAAAGUUGUCAACUAUCGUUACGACGAUGUAACCAGGAAAAAUGUUAUAAUCGAAACUAAGGGCGGUAAUUCCAACAAAGUGAUUGUGCUUGGCGCUCGUCUUGAUAGCGCCCCUUUCAACUCUGGGAUCAACGAUAACGCUAGUGGCGUCUCUCUUUUGCUUGCACUCAUUGAUGCUAUUCAAGCCGGAAAAUUCGUCCCAAAAAACAAAAUUCGGUUUGUCUUCUGGGGUACCGGCGGCUCAGCAGCCUAUGCUACUGGACGCACAGUCGUCGAAGCGGCACGAAUUAAAGCCUACCUAAACUUUCAUUCAGUCAGCCGGGGAGCCUUCGGUGUUUACGACGGUGAUGGCAGCCGAUAUAACGAGGCGGGCCCUACCGGUUCUAGCGCUAUCGAAACUCUCUUCACCAACUAUUUUACUAGCAAGGGAAUUACCUCUAAGCCUGCUCGUUUGGAAGGCGAUCUCUUGAGCUUUGCAACGGGAUCAAGCGUUGAGAAGCCCGUCGGCGGUCUGUUCGGCGGGGACUCGGUAGUUCAUGACCCAUGUUGGGGCCAACCUUGGCCUUGCGACAGCCUCUCUAAUGCAAACUUGAACUAUCUGGAGAUCAACGCUAAGGCUGCUGCUCAUGUCCUCUAUGCGCUCGACCAGAGCACUUAA